CUGCAGGGAGCCUCUCUCCCUCCCCUGACAAGUAGUCGGGGCUGCUCAAGGCUCUCCAGCCCACCUCUGGUCCAAGUCUCCCUCGUCUUGGUCCCUCCUGCUUUUCCUUCCCCGGCUGGUUUCUCUGAACGCCUCAGAGAGAGUUAAAAAUGUCCUGGACGCAUGCAACCCUCCUUGCUCUUCUUGCGGUGCUGCUUGCACUGAACUGGUCUCCCGGGGCUGAAUCUGCAGCUGUGGCUCGCAGCACAGGGAAGGCAAAAGGUCCAGCAGGUCUCCCGCUGAGGAGGAUCUUCAUUAAAGAAGCCGAUGCCUCCAACUUCUUCAGGAGGCGCAGCAGACGGGCGGUGAAAUCUCAGGACGAGCUCAACGCGGAACAGAGUCAAGUUCUGGCUGCAGACGAGCGAAGGAGGGAGUUUCACGAGGAGAAGAGGAAUAAGUUUGAGAACUACGCUGAGGAGGACCAUGACGAGCAAAAUGAGAGGACCAGAGAGAGCACUGAGCAGUGGAGGGAGUUCCACUACGAUGGGAUGGAUCCUCCCCACGAGUACAACCGCCACACCGCCUGAGACCCGCGCAGGAGGCCUACGACUUUGGGAAAUAAAGUCCCAAUAAAUAUGCUUCGCUUUUUUGAGAACAUGCAUUUCAGUAUUUUGGGGAUAACGGUAGAGAUGCAUCAAAAAUGUCGUCCAAUUAUUGCAACUAUAAUUUUAUUGUUUGAAUCUGGUCAUGUAGCUAAAGAAUGAUCAGUUUGGUUCGUAUUUUGGAACUACAGUGAUCCAGAUGGUACUUGUUACAUCUUAGUCAGAUGUUUGAUGUAUGAUUAAUCGGGUAGCCAAUUAAUGCCCGAACAAAUGCCGAAGAAAAUUUCACUCACAGAAGUCAUUUCAGACAUGUUAAAUUUUUAAAAUGACAAAUAUUUUCACAAAUUACAGUCAAAUAGCUAAAGAGAACAAAAACAAACCCAUACAGAAGUAUUUAGUCACUUAUGAAUGAAAAAUAUGCCCGUUUUACUCAUCCAAUUAUAUAAACUCUGGGUAAUUUCUGUUAAUUUGUCUAAACAGGCCAGAUUUAGUGAUUUCCAGUCAUAGACUUGAUGCAGGCUAAACCAUCUUCAUGUCACAAAAACUUUUAGGUGUCCUCAAAACUGAACAUUUAAUCUGAGUAAAGAUGAAUGGGAAGACAUGUGGUUUUACACCUAUGCUUUGUAUAAUAAAUAUUGCAAGCAGGACGAUAAUCUUUUCUUCUAAGUUAAUGGCAGGUUUAACAUGCAGUAUUCUGUAGACGUUUGAGCUUAGAAAUGAUGGUAAAUAAAACCUGACAUUUAUUUUAAUGUACCAAAGCAUGCCAAUAUUUUAUGCUUCUAUACCUGGUGUUUAACAGGACUUACAACCUAUUACUGUAGUGUGUGUGUAACAGGGUCUAUGUGGAAAAAGCUCACAUGUAACGACUGUGUAAUGCUGUCCAAAUUGAAGCUUGUUUAUGUUACUUCAAGGUAAAAAAAAAAAAUCAUAUAAU